GGGUGCUCGUGAGGCGAAGGAACACUUUUUCGUGGCGAGGGGUAUAAAUGCCAAGUAGCCACUCCGGCGGUGUGGCACGCGAUUUGGUCAAAGGAUAUGUCCAAGUGUCCUGCACAUUUGGCUUCUGCCGUGCAGGCCUUGCAGAGUCUCCCUCUAGGUCAUCCCUCUUUUCAAUGGCCACCUCUUCGUUUUCCCGAUGACGUCGUUCCGCCGCCCCCGUCGACCGCUGCCGCCUCGCAAGUGGCGCCGUCUCCAUGUGCACCACUUGCUCCCCUCCCCCCUCGUCCGCUUCGUCAGACGAUUCACACAUCCGUUGAUGGCAGACCAUCUGUGGCAACGCAGCCUGAUGCGCAAGGCACCGUGCCAGUUUCAGGUGUCGAGGAACCUGUGUCGUUCGACGAGCAAGGCACUCGUGCUUUCGUCGAGGGCGGUGGGUGGGGGAAGGACGCAGACACAUCAUCAGGCCUCGCCCCGUUGUUCACUGGCAACAGGGACAAGGUCCCAAGAGUUCGACGCACAGACACACGUCCGGCCGUGGCAGGAGCACCCGCAACAGGACAUCAAUCCGCUGCGUAUCCAUGGUUGCCUCCCCCUCCUUCGCAAACACGACGGCCUACACCAGGCUUGACUUCAGCACCUGUUGGUGAGGCCGAUGCAACGGCCACUGAGGGUGCGAGAAACGUCCAGCUCGACGAGCCCGUCCAGGUUUCGGAUUCGUCACCCACUCCUGUGCCCGUGAAYGGCCCGACCUCGCAGCACGGUGUUUUUGAGACACUGGAUCCUUUACAGAAUCUGCGCAACAUUGCRGCUCCGAGUCCAGGCCCCACCGCAUCACCUACGGCCGGGGGCGGGGUGUGGGAUUCGCUAGGUAUGGGCGCCGGUGCACGAGUGAGGGGCACUUACAGGCAGCAGGCGGUGACCUCGUAUUACAACGACCYGCUGGAGCACGCAUGGCACCUGCAGAUCAUGCGAUUCAUUGUCGAGAGCGGCAUGCCGUUCAACUGUGUGAAGCUUGAGAGCUUCAAACGCAUGUUGACGUUGAUCAUCCCGCCUGGGGUUCCAGGAGUCCCCACCUCGAAACCCCCAACGUAUCACAUGAUCCGUACCACACUUUUGGAUGAGCUUGAUGUGAGAGUCCAAAAGUGUGUGAAACUUGUCCUCGAUACCGCAGCUACCUACGGUUGCACGAUAAUGACAGACGGUUGGACCAACAUUCGGGGUCAAACGUUGUGCAACUAUCUCGUUGGCACUACACGGGGCGCCACAUACGUCGCGACAGAUGUUAUGCGAGGAAAGAAGGAUGCCACUGCUCUGGCGCAGGCUUGGCUGCGAAGGUUGAAGUCCCUUGACAUCAAGCUCGCCGACAUCACCGCUUUCGUCACAGACACUGCCAGUUCGAACGUUUCUGCGAUAGAGGUGUUCCAGAAGGAUGAGAGUGUCAAGCACAUCUUCUGGAUUCCUUGUGUGGCACACGUCAUGGACCUCAUCCUUGAGGACAUCGACGACAUUGACUGGGUGGCGACCCGCAUUGCUCAGGCACGUUUGGUCACAAAGUUUUUCAAGCGUCAUAGCCACGCUCGCGAAGUUUUGCAAGCUUUCACGACGAAGGCUCUGUUGCUUCCCGCCGAGACUCGCUUCGGUACGCAUGUGAUUAUGAUGCGACGACUUYUUCUGCUGCAAUCKYAUCUUAUGCARGUGGUCGUUGAYGAUCGAUGGAAGGACACUGUUUGGUCAACGAAGAAGAUUCGAGACGACGCCGCGGAGAUGGUGGACAGCGACACGAGGCAGAUUGGCAAGAUUCUGCGUCGGUACGACGAGAUGAUCGCGCGUUGUUUGUCUGCAUGUGCCUCUUUGGAGAAGGACGAGCAGGACGCGCUGCUUGAAGUGUUUGAAAGACGCCGCACCAUGUUCAAAACGCCUGCUACUGUUGCUGCCAUGAUGUUGGACCCCGAGUUUCGAGACCGCACGAUGCCAGAUGACGAGGAGAUGCAGCACGGUGUCAGGCGGCCACAAGCAGUGCGCCGCCUGAAAUCUACGGUUUUGGGACUUAGGCGCGAAGACGAGUCUGAAUUUUGACGGUACUCUGGUUAGACCAGGCGGCGAAGAUUAGGGGACCUCAGAGCGCCCUUGAUUUUGGGCGCGAUGGACCUUAUGGGUAACCCUAAAAAAUGGCAAGAUGGGUGGUCGCACUCGGCACAUCAACGGACCGUCAUUUCCGGCCGUUCAGAGGGUUAGACCCGAAUUGGCCUGCCGCGAGGGGGCAUCGCGGGGACUAACUCCGCUGCGACGUUCUUUGCAGCGUAUGAUCGGGGUCAAAAUAGCGCCUCAAAUUUUUGUCAUUUUUGGUAUCUAAAUCAAAGAUAUGAGAAGAG